CUCACGAUUCUCCUCUCUCCUCUCCUCACUUAUGCCUCUCGGCGGCAGCAGUGCCCCACGGCGACGGCGGCGCAACGGUGGAGGCGCGGGAUCCGGCGGGCGGCGGCAGUCCCCGCAUGGAUCCGGCGGGCGGCGGCCGUCCCCGCAUGGAUCCGGCGGCCGGCCGCCCUCCCCCGCCACGGAUCCGGCGCGAGAACCGCCUGCCCUCCCCUCCCCUCCCCGGCAGCAACGGGAGCGCGCGGGCGGCGGAUCUAGCGGGCAGGCGGGCGACGACGGGCGGCAGCGGCUCCUCCCAUCCCUCUCCCCUCCCCUCCCCUCCCUGGCGGCAACGGGAGCACGCAGGCGGCGGAACCAACGGGCGAGUGAGCGACGACGGGCGGCCCGCGGCCGUCCCUGCACGGAUCCGGCGCCCGGUCGCCCUCCCCCCGCCACGGAUCCGGCACGGGAGGCUGGCGGGAGGCGCCAAUGACGAGGCGGGAGCGGCGACGCUGCCGCCGCCGCCGACGAGGCGGGAGCGACGGCGACGACCCGAUCUAGGGUUUUCUUUUUUUUUUGAAUUUUUUUCGGUUUUCUGUUUUUCCGUGCGGUGGCAUAAGCAACCGCAGAUUUCGCGAUUUUCCCAGGCGAUUUGUUCCAGACAGGCCAAAUCUCUGCACGCAAAAAACCGAUUUACCGCAUAGGAAAACGCUUAGUGUAGUAAUGUGUAAGCAUAACAGACAAGCCCGUGAUAUAAUUGAACUUAUAUGGCAAUGUUGUUUUCA